AUGGCACCAACCCGUAAAUCAAACAAAACAAAAGAAUGCAAAUGUUCUGUUUGCAAGACAAGAUUUAGAGGAUCAGAUACAGUGUCUGUACAGACAUUUAAUUUUCAUAAAAGAAGAGACGAUGCUGGAAUGAACAUCUUUCGUAAUAGAUUGAUUAUUAAGAGAUCAGUCGAAACUACUGUAAGCUAUGUUCCUGAAGUUAUCAACAAUGAUGAACAGAACUCGGUGGCCAUAGACAAUGAUUAUGAUAUGGAUUAUGACUUUGAUGAAAUGGACACCAGUAUAGAAAUAGAUAUGGAGACACAAGAGCCUAUUCGAGUCUUACCUCUCUCAGAAUCCGAUGCUGUCUUUGGUUAUGAGAAUGAAGAGUUUAACUCUGAUCUUGAUUCUGACGGUUGCAAAGACGAUUCCAGUGAGGAUGACAUGCUUGAUAGUGAAGACAACUUUCCUGAAUUCAACUCAGAAUUGAGUUUCAUCCAUCGUUUUAUAGUACAGGUCCUUGCACUAUUUGUAUCCUUGUACGUCGUCGAUGAAGGCGCCAUUCUUCUCAUUGCCAUCAUGAACAAAAUACUCGAGCUUUUCAGAGAUCCAUUCUGUCUCCCAGUUAGCAUCCCUGGUCUCAAAAGCAUGGCAGGAUUCAAUACCUUUACAGACGGUAUAAAGAAAUAUGUUUCUUGUAGCGAAUGUCACAGCAUAUAUGAGAACAAUGAAUCAACACCCCGCUUCUGUAUCUUUGAUAAAUUUGGGAAUAACUCAAUGUGCGUUGAAAAUGGUAUUCGCUGGUCCGAACUGCAUCGUCUCCAGUACUUUGACGUUGUCCACUGCACGAUCAUUGAUCCAAUGCACAAUCUCUUCUUAGGCACAGCCAAGAGGAUGAUGGAGAAAUGGGUUGCAGAUGGUCUAAUUGACAAUAAAAAACUCGUUGCCAUGCAGAAAAUCGUUGAAAACAUGACAUUGCCGCCUGAUUACACCAUGCUAAGAUCAAAGAUUUCAAAGGAAUUUCCCUUUAUGAAGGCAGACGAGUGGAAAUCGUGGUGUCUGGUAUACUCUCCAGUGGUUCUACAAGGCGUACUACCAAAGCAAAAGUUUGAGAAUUGGAUGUUUUUUGUGAAUGCCUGCCGUUUCCUUACCAAGCCAAAUGUUUCCGAAGAUGAUGUACAGUCAGCACACAUAGCACUUGAGAAGUUCAGUAAAGGUUGUGAAAGGCUGUAUAGCAAGGAUCUGUUAUCUCCAAACAUGCAUCUCCAUCUUCAUCUUCGCGACACAAUCAAGGACUUUGGGCCUGUUUAUGGGUACUGGCUCUUUAGUUUUGAGCGAUACAACAGCGUCCUAAAGAAUAUCAAUACCAACAGAAGGAGUGGCUUUGAAAUGACAUACAUGAAAACAUUCAUUGAAGAUACCUGUAAAGGCGAUUUUGUUCGCAAUUUCUUGAAGACAUCUGGUCCAUUCAAUUUCUCCGGCAUCUUCGAUAAAUUGGUAACUGGUUAUAGUCCUGCUGAUUCUACAACUAGCACCGCCUUGUACAAUUGGUUCUCUCUACCAGACUUUCUUGAUGCUGCCGAAAAUCCGAACUUGUCAAUUCGUGCGUAUGAGAUGAUGCCAAGACAGGAGUAUGAUUGUUUGGUAGGAUAUUACCAAGCUGUUUACAACGAUCCCACCAUCUCCAGUUGCAAAGACAUGAUUCAAGAUACAGCUUUCGUCAAUGACUGGAUCGAAAUGCUCAAAUCCGUCAACCUCCUUGGACAGACAUUCAAGGGAAGUAGAGGUACGAAUGGAAGAGGAUCAUAUAUACAAGCAAUGUUCAUAGAAGGUCGAAACGGAGCAAAGUAUGCGUAUGUCAGAGAGAUUCAGUACCUAUUUGUUCAUUCAUUUAGUCCACUUGUUUCUACUCCACAUCACAGAACACCUCAAAGUAGCCAACAUACAUUUGCUUAUGUAAAAUGGUACAAGGCUUCCAAGGAGACAAGUAGAAAAAUUGCAGGCGUAGAAAUAUGGGAUGUCGCGUUUUCUUUGCCUGACUUUCAAAGCAUCUUGCCAGUGCACCGAAUUCUCCUUCCUGUUGCAAUUGUUGACCAUACAACAUUACGAAAUAUCAGCAAAAAACUUAUUGUUCCUUUGCCUAGAAAACUUUACUUUUAA